CCCGGAACCACAUCGCGGUAAAAAUCUCAAACAGAAAUCGCUUUCCUGCUCGGAUUAAAGCCGGGCUCCUCUCCCGAGAUCGCCCCACAAAUCCUCCCCAUCCCUCUUCCCAAAGCCCUCCGACCCAGAAGAGCAGCCAGCGCCCGCCCCGAAACCCCAGCCAACCAAUCCAGGCACCACGGGCGCCUCUCCGUCUUCCUCCGCCGGCGACGGCAUGGACCCCAGGUGCAAGCACGGCACCGCGGGCGCCUCCUCGUCUUCGUCCUCCGGCGACGCCGACGCCGGCGCCGCGCACCCUAGCUCCAAGUUCGAGGAGGAGGCGAGGAUGACGGGGGACGCGCUCCUCGUCCUGGACGGCCUCGUGCAGGUGUUCCCGCAGGUUAACAUCUCAACACUGAUAGAAGUUUCCAUCUCAUUCAAUGGCGAUGCUGAUGCAGCAGCAGAUUAUGUUAUCCAUAAUGUUCUUCCAAAUAGUACCGCAGAUGACAAUAAUGCAAACACGAAUGACGAUUCAGAUAUUCAUGGGGUAUUUAGUGACACAAACACUAGUUUCGCGAUUCCGCCAAUGGAUGAUGAUACCAUUCCAGAAUCUGUACUGUUUGAUGCUGUCAAUGAAAAUUCUGCUGAACAUGGAGAAAGGUCCAUGGGAGAACAAUUGAUGCAGUCACCUGCUGCAGCAUCAACAUCUGGUCAGGACGAUUUACCUGAAGAAAUUGAUUCUGAUUCUGUGCUACCUGGUGCGCAGAAGUCUGUUGUCGAUCAUGAAGUAGCUCAUUCCGAAAACCAGCCGAAAGAAAUGAAUUAUUCGGACCACGCAACUGAAAAUCACUGUGAUGAACAAAUACAAUGUUCACCUUCUGAGGAAAACCAAGCCGUGCCAACUACUGAAGAAAAUUUGACGCUGCAUGGUGAUGGUUCACCUGAUAUGAAUGUGCAAUCAAACUAUUCUGUUAGCCCUGAGUCCAUUGAUGAUGCAAUCUCCGCUGAAAAUUCCAAGAAGAAUACUUUGCUGUCAAAUGUUGCAGCGAUGAGUGAAAUGCUAGAGGAGGUUGAGCUUAGUGAGGCAGAAACAAAACAUGUUGUAUCCGAAGCAAGCCAAGCUGGCAAUGAUAUUCUUGUAAAGGCGGCGAAGCUAAAAGAAAUGUCUGCACUUGCAGCGGAAGAGAACAACAAGGUUGCAGCAGAGGUUUUUGCUGAGAAAUCUAUUCUAGCCUCAGAAGCGCAGGGGCUGCAGUCCUGGUUGUUUGACAUUUCUGAAGAACGAAACCACUUCGUUUCAGUCAUUGACGAGAUGCACCAAACUCUUCAAAGAAGACUUGAUUUAGCAGAAGCAGAAAGAGCAGCUGCUGAGAUGGAAAUGAUUGAAAGGGAAAAAAUUGCUCAAGAAAUGCUAAAAGAACAGGAAGUCCUACUUGAUGCUGCCAAGGAAGAGUCUAAGAAGCUGGAGCAACAGGCACAGGAGAAUGCAAAGCUGCGCGAGGUACUGAUGGACAGGGGCCAUGUUGUGGAUGCACUGCAUGGAGAAAUGCUUGGAAUCUUUGGCAACAUUACGCAGCUCCGACGCAGAGUUGAUAUGCGACUCUCUGCCGAUGAGCAACAUCAGCUAGCUUCGUCGAUCCUGUCCACAUCAGUCGAGUCAGCAGAUGGCCAAUUCCCUACUGAAGAACCACUGCAGCUCGCUGCAAUGAGCUUUCCCAGCCCGGUCCAAUCAGCACAUUCCGGACUAAUUUAUGUUGAUGAGCCACUGGAGCUAGCUUCAUCGAGCUUAGCCGGCUCAGUCGUAUCGGCACCUUCAAAACUACUAGUACUUUCUACUGGUCAACCGUUGGACCAAAAUUCGUCAAGCUCGGUAGUAUCGGCACCUUCCAAACUGUUCUCUGUCUGUGCGCCACUUCAGCUAGCUUCAUCGAGCUUGUCUAGCUCUGUCAAGUCGGCAACUUCGAAGAGCAGCUGGUCUUCUGCCACGGAGUCGAAUUCAGGUUUCAAUGACGACGAGGAGAUCGCCGUUGCUUCUCCGAGUGACAAUUUUGCUCUGGACGACACCUGGGAUGUAGUUGAAGAAGACGAGGAAUGCAUGUGCUAACCCUGUCGGCAUGAUGCUCCUGAUGUUCUAAUCCAUGCUUCAUUUUUUUGGCAAGAGUGAUUAGCAGUUGUCAGUACGGGCCGAGAGUCGCAUGAUGAACUUCAUUUUUGUGUUGAGUUUGAGAGAUUUACGCAUGAUGAUAACGUGCUUUCAUGCUGGUAGCUUUCCUUUGUAGCCGGAACUUGCUCCAAUGAUGGUCAUAAAAAAAGUGACAAAAUUUAUUUAGUAGUGUUAA